AUGGCUCAACACCAUCAGCACCCAUCACCGCAGAUGGUGAUGGAUCCCUCCCAGAUGAGCCAUCAUCGUCUUGGACCGCCACAGUUUGGGGCAGGUCAAGUCAUGGCGCCUAUGUACCAGACUUUAUCGACACCGACACCGCCUAAUCAUCCCCAACACUCGGUCCCCGGUUCUGGCACCAAACGACCACGACCAAGUGACCUCGAUCUAGGUAGUAUGGGCGACUUGGACCAUUCAGACCUCAGUGGUAUGCAACAAACACCACUGGGAGCUGCCUAUGCUCAUGCCGCCGCCGUCGCCGCGUCACAAUCGCAGCACCAACCUAUACAUCACCACCACCAUCUCCCCGACUCAGAACCGCCUUCAAAGAUGAUGCGUCGCGAUGACGGACUAGGCGGCGCUCCAAGUGUUGUAGGACAGGUUGGAAUGCCUGAUCCAGCACCUCGACCCCGAGGACCAAAACUGAAGUUCACACCAGAGGACGACCAACUGUUGAUUGAACUUAAGGAGAACAAGAACUUGACGUGGAAGCAAAUAGCGGAUUUCUUCCCGGGACGGUCUUCAGGGACACUGCAGGUUCGAUACUGUACGAAGCUGAAAGCAAAGACAACGAAUUGGACCGACGAAACGGACCAAAAGCUUCGAACUGCACUUCAGGACUACGAGAACGAGAAAUGGAGAAUCGUUGCGAACAAAGUCGGCACCGGCUUUACUCCUGCAGCGUGCCGAGAACGGGCUGAGCAACUGAUAGUCGAGGACCCAGCAACUCUGGCGGCUUUGUCGCAGUCAUUAUCACCAGCUGUAGUCUCAAACGCGGAGUCCGAAGAGCCCUUAUACACACAUCAUCAGCUUCAAUAA